AUGAAAAGGUUUCUAACCUCAAGCAGUAAUAAGCUUUUAAUCCAAUAACUGAAACAUCUCUAAGAUUAAAUCAACUCUAAAGAAAGAGAAUAUAAGAUAGAAAUAUAAAAGGUCAUUUCUGAAAGAGAUUUAAAGAAACAAAGGGUUAUAGAGUUAUAGAAGCAGAGGCUUAGAUUUUAAAUUUCUAAUUUAAACCAAGAACUACAUCAAUAAUUCUUUAUCUUGAAAUAAUUAAAUAAGUAGAUUAAAGAUUACGAAAUAUAACAAAAUUAGUCAAGAGAAUCUAAGUUAGAGAAUAAUAAAUAACAAUAAUUAAGAUGGGACAGAUUAUUAAAACUAAAAUGUAAAUAUUAAAUUGAAGCAUAAAAUUAAGAAAUUAAAUCAUACACUGCUAGGUUAGAAGAAUAAUUAACUACUAUAACUGAAUUAAAGUAUAAAGUGUAUGAAGAGUAAGUAGAAGAGCUAAAGAAAAGUAGGCUAACAAUAAAGUUCAAUAAAUAAGUUAACUCGAAAAGUAUAAUUAAAGCAAUAGAUAAUCAUAGGAUUUGUAAAAUUAAUACAAUGAUCUAAAAGAGAGAUAUGAUGUUGAAUUCAACAGUAUGUGAUCUCUCUUAGAUAAAUAAAUUGAAUACAGCUCUUUAUAAUAAUGAUAAAUGGAAUAAAAUUAAAGAUAAGCUCUUUAGAAAGUAAUUGUUGGAUUACAACGAAAUUGCUGAUUAACAUUAAAAUAAAAAAAAGGAACUUUAAAGUUUAACUGAUUUACUAGAUUCAAAAUUAUCAACUAUUGUAUCUUAUGAAACGAAAAGAUUGAUUUAACAAAUUAACUAAAGGAAUCAAAUUAAUAAUUAAGACUUGUGGAAGAUUAAAGUGAUGAUUAUCAAAGUAGAUAUGAAUUGGCUUACAAGAGUUAGAUAUCUAUAAAGGAAAAGAUAAAGAGAUAAAUUUGACGGCAGCCAACAGAAUAGAAUUGCGGGAAUAAAUUUAUUCAGUUUAGAAGAAAAUUAAAAUCUUAGAGAGAGAACUUUACCUUUCUUAAAAUACCUUAUAAUCAAAAGAGUCCGAUAUCUUAUAACUAUAGCAUAACAUUGA